CCAUAGCAAAGUGAAGUGAGCAAUCCGCCUUAAACCCUGCGACACAUUCAUUUCGCGCGCCCACACAUUUUCUUCAGGGUUUUGAAUUUAAGCUUCAAUUUUCGCUUCUCCCGAAUCUAUGUAUAGCGUAUAGAUUAUCGUCAACACUCGUGUCACUGUUAAUUAUGGCGGCUUUGAGCGCAAUUUCGCUAUGCCCGAACAAGCUCUUUUGGUGUCAGCCGAAGCCCAGACGGCGCUUCAUUACCUGCUGUGUAUCCGUCCCUUCUGUAAAAGGUACAAGGGGUUCUACGGUACCUAACAGACGGUAUGGAAGAAGAGAAGGAGCUGGAAAGAGUAUGGAGGAUUCGGUUAAACGCAAGAUGGAGCAAUUUUAUGAAGGCUCUGAUGGACCGCCUCUACGUGUACUGCCUAUUGGUGGCUUAGGAGAAAUAGGGAUGAAUUGCAUGCUAGUGGGGAAUUACGACAGAUAUAUUCUAAUCGAUGCUGGUAUUAUGUUCCCAGACUAUGACGAGCUUGGUAUCCAGAAGAUUAUUCCUGAUACCACUUUUAUCAAAAAAUGGAGCCACAAAAUUGAAGCUGUAGUUAUUACUCACGGGCAUGAAGAUCACAUUGGUGCGUUGCCUUGGGUUAUUCCAGCUUUGGAUUCUCAUACACCAAUAUUUGCUUCGUCCUUCACGAUGGAGCUUAUUAAGAAGCGUCUAAAGGAGUUUGGGAUGUUUCUCCCAUCUAGACUUAAGGUGUUCAAUACACGGAGAAGAUUUGUUGCUGGGCCUUUCGAAGUUGAGCCAAUAAGAGUGACACAUUCUAUUCCAGAUUGCUGUGGGUUGGUUUUCCGAUGUGCUGAUGGUACUAUUCUUCACACAGGAGACUGGAAGAUAGAUGAGGCGCCAUUAGAUGGGAAUGUUUUUGAUCGUGAAGCUCUGGAAGAACUUUCAAAGGAAGGAGUGACUUUGAUGAUGAGUGAUUCGACAAAUGUGCUUUCACCAGGAAGGACACUAAGUGAGACAGUCGUGGCUGAUUCAUUAUUGAGACAUAUAUCAGCUGCGAAAGGAAGGGUUAUCACCACUCAAUUUGCCUCGAAUAUUCAUCGGCUUGGCAGUGUAAAGGCUGCAGCUGAUCUGACUGGGCGGAAGCUGGUAUUUGUUGGCAUGUCCUUGAGGACUUACCUUGAUGCUGCGUGGAAAGAUGGAAAGGCACCCAUUGAUCCUUCAACUCUGGUGAAAGUGGAAGAUAUUGAUGCUUAUGCCCCAAAAGACUUGCUAAUUGUCACCACUGGUUCUCAAGCAGAACCACGUGCAGCACUGAAUCUUGCCUCACAUGGAAGUAGCCAUUCCCUCAAGUUGAACAAAGAAGAUUUAAUCUUAUAUUCUGCUAAGGUAAUCCCAGGCAAUGAGACAAGAGUCAUGAAAAUGAUGAAUCGCCUUGCAGAAAUUGGACCACAAAUAGUUAUGGGGAAGAAUGAACUGCUGCAUACAUCUGGUCACGCCCAUCGUGAAGAACUGGAUGAAGUGCUAAAAAUUGUUAAACCUCAACACUUCCUGCCUAUUCAUGGAGAGCUCUUAUUCUUGAAAGAGCAUGAGUUGCUGGGAAGAUCAACUGGGGUUCGGCAUACUACUGUUAUAAAGAAUGGGGAGAUGCUAGGGGUGUCACAUCUGAGAAAUAGAAGAGUUCUAUCAAAUGGGUUCAUUGCCCUUGGUAAAGAGAAUCUGCAGUUGAUGUACAGCGAUGGUGACAAAGCAUUUGGCACAGCAACUGAACUAUGUAUCGAUGAGAGAAUGAGAAUUGCAUCGGAUGGCAUUAUAGUUGUCAGCAUGGAAAUUAUGCGUCCAGAUGGUUCGGGUGAGAAGACAUUGAAAGGAAAAAUAAGAAUUACAACGCGAUGCUUAUGGCUAGAUAAAGGGAAGCUUUUGGAUGCACUUCAUAAGGCUGCACAUGCUGCUCUGUCGAGCUGCCCAGUGAGUUGCCCUCUAGCUCAUAUGGAAAGAAUAGUGUCGGAAGUUUUGAGAAAAAUGGUGAGGAAGUACAGUAGCAAAAGACCGGAAGUGAUAGCAAUUGCUAUUGAGAAUCCAGUUGGAGUGGUUGCUGAUGAAAUCAAUGAAAAACUAUCUGGAAAGGCCCAUAUCAAUCCUGAGUUCUCAGCAUCGCGAAAAGCAAUCGAUAGACACGAGAAGAGAAAACAACCAAUUGCUAGGCGAGAGGAAGAUGGCAAUGACUUUGCAUUUGAAAAAAGUACAUCAGUACAAGAAUUAGAAGAUCAGGAUUUUGAUGAGGUUCGAGGUGAAAUAGCUGCUUCAAAUUCUCGAUUGCCAGAUAGAGCACCAAAAACCGAUGAAUCAGAUAACUUUUGGAAGCCAUUUGUAUCCUCAUCAGAGCCAGUUCAAGCUGAACCUAAUGGCGAAUUGCUUCCAGCAGCAGAAGUCAAAGAAAAAGGCAAAGACGAACGUAGUGAAGUUGACCCUGGGUUGCCAGACCAGCGUGCUAAAUCAUCCAAGACUGUGAAAAGGAACAAGUGGAGACCCGAAGAGAUCAAGAAGCUGAUUAAAGUGCGCGGGGAGCUUCAUAAUCGAUUCCAAGUUCAGAAAGGACGGAUGGCUCUCUGGGAAGAGAUAUCGUCUAAUUUGUUGGCAGAUGGAGUCAGUAGAAGCCCCGGACAAUGUAAAUCUCUCUGGACAUCCCUUGUUCAAAAAUACGAGGAAAGCAAGAGCGAUAAACAAAACCAGUCGAGCUGGCCAUAUUUUCAAGAUUUAGACAACAUUUUAUCAAGUUUGGAAACAAGUGGUAGUUCCAAAUGAUUCUGCCUGGCUCGUGGGAAAUUGGUAUCAACAAGAUUUAUUCAAGAAUUCAUGUAAAAUCUAGAAUUUUAAGUUUAAAAAAUAGUGUUACCCGUUUGAAAGUUUUGGCGGGAAGAAUAUGUUGAAAUAACCAAUUUUGUAGCCUAGCAAUUUUUAGUUAAAGCUGUUGCAUGAAUAUAAAGAUAAUUUAGUUAGAAUAAGCAUUAUUAAUUUGUCCUCUCCCCUA